UUGGAAAAUAACGCGAACCACUGGUUUAAACAAAACACGAGCUGACGUUGAAAAACUUUAUCGAUUCGCGGAACUGCCUGUACCUAUCAAUGUAUGUUUUUAACGAAAACAAAAUUAAAAAGCUUUUGCUUUGUAUCUACAAAAAAAAUCUGUUACUACUGAAAACGUCGUGGAAAACGAAAACAUCCUCGCUCGUGACUAUCAAUCCAUGAACAGUCCCAUAACACAUUGUAAAAUUCAAUUCAAAAUACAAGUUAAUCAUCGAAAUUCCACCCGAGCAAUUCGUCCAGACACACGCGCGCACCACAUUCCCGUAUAAACAGACGAUCCUCAGUCCGCGCCGACACAGCCGUCCUAUACGUAUAAAACCGAGUAAAAGAAGGUAUAUCGCGAAGUCGAGUCUCGAGGAGUAGAGCGAAAAGAGAGUAUAGAGUACAGAGAGCCGGGAGAAGCAAGGAACGCAUGCGCGCGUCGACCGCCAUUGGACACAUCACGGAGAGAGACUGCACCGAGGCGCUGUUUCGGCCGAAACGUGGUGCGAACUCGCAGUGCUCCCGACUCGUAUAUACGACGCGAAUCGAGAAAAAAACAAACAAACGAGACGAAGAAGACACGCGUGAGAAUCGCAACUAAAUCAGCGCAUCAGUGCCGACCGAUGCGACGCGUCAGCCCGAGACAGGCCUGCGGAGAGAAGAGGGAAUAAUCAGCUGCUUCGAACGAGACCACCACGUCAGGAUCUAGACAGAUUCAUUUCAUCUUGAGAGCUUAGUUGACAUGUAAUUGGCACUUCGAGGGUUGGUGUCUUUAUACGAUUUCUCCUGACUUUCAACAAACUCCUUGAAGAGUAAAAAACCAAGAAAGCGGAUGCUGCCGAGGAGGAAUAUCAGAGGAGGCAUCGUCGCCAGUGGAAUGGCGCGCCCGAGCCUGCUGCUCCUGCUGGCGCUGCUCGCCGUCGUCGGGCCUUCCACAGCCCUGAACGGCGAGCUCGUCGAGCAGGAGUGUCCAGUCGACUGUCACUGUCACUACUUCCGCAUCAACUGGGUGACCGACUGCUCCGAGAGCAACCUCACCAGCAUCCCUCACGAGGGCCUCAGCCACAACGUCUACGUACUCGACAUGAACGGCAACAACGUCGAGCAGGUCACACCCUUCCCUCGGGACAUCAAGCUCCGCCGACUCCAGAUGGCCCACAAUAAGCUCACCGAGCUCAACUACCAGUCCUUCGCCGGGCUCACCUAUCUGCUGGACGCUGAUUUCUCCCACAACGCCAUCAGCAAAGUCGACCCGGAAGCGUUUAGGGACAGUCCUGGACUCAUCACCCUCGAGCUGCAACACAACCCGUUGCCGGAGAUCCGCGGUCACUUUCUCAACUGCCGACCGCUGCUUCACCUCGACCUGAAUACGUGCGGCAUCCGGACUCUGAACCCGCAGUUCUUCCACAACACGACCAACCUGAACAAGCUCGACCUGUCCAACAACCCGCUGGGUAGCAUCAAGCCGGGGCCCUUCGACCAUCUCACCAGCCUCGAGUACCUCAAGCUCUCCUCCUGCAACCUGACCCACGUGUCGCCCGACGCGUUCGCUCACCUGGAGAACCUGCGCGAGCUCGAGUUGGACGACAACGACCUGAGCUCGAUCGACUGGACCAAGGUGCUGGCGCCUCUCGUGCGCCUCGAGCACCUCAACAUCAGGAAGACUCGCAUCACCAACUUGCCAGGUGACGCCUUCGCCAAGAACCUCUACCUCCGACAACUGAUUCUGGCUGACAACGAGCUCCAGCACCUCAAUGUUGGCAGUACUCUGGGACACAACCUGCACAGCUUGCAGGCGCUCGACCUGUCCAACUGCAACCUCCAAGACAGGCUCUCGGAGGAGGCGUUCCGCAACGCCAGCAAGCUUCGCGUCCUCAACCUCAGUGGCAACCCCAUGUUCGCCGCCGACCUCACGGCUGUUCUGCGUCACUUACCUAAACUGCACAAGCUCUCGCUGAGCAACUGCAGCCUGCGCCGGCUGCCCGAGGCUUUCGAGAACCUUGAGCACCUUGAGGCGCUCGACGUCUCGCACAACCCCCUGUCCGACGCAUUCGUGCGCCUGCUCAACCCCCUCAAGUCUCUCGAGUACCUCGACAUGUCCUACUGCAACCUGGGCUACGUAGGCAACAACACCUUCACGCUCAUGACCUCGCUCAAGAAGCUCAUCAUGUCUGGCAACACUCUGCACACCCUCGAGCAGGGACUCUUCGCCAAUCUGACGCGUCUCGAGAGCCUCGAGCUCAACGACUGCGGGCUGAAGAACCCCCUCGAUCCCAAGGUAUUCGGCGACCGCGUCUACGCCAACAUCAUCGAGCUGAAACUGAGCAAGAAUCCGCUGACUGUGCCCGACGAUGGGCCUCUGCUGCCUAAGCAGCUGUCCAACCUGGAGAGCCUCGACCUGAGCUACUGCGACAUCACGCGGCUGAACGAGAAUCUAUUCUCGCGAACCAGCAAUCUGACCCGCCUAAACCUGUCCAACAACAGAAUCGCUGGAGCCAACAACCUGGCGUCCUUGAAAAAACUCCAGCGACUGGGGCACCUAGAUCUGAGCAGCAACAACCUCACCACCAUCCAUCCCAAGGUCUUCAAGAACAACCUGCACCUGCUGAGUGUCAACCUGAUGAACAACCCGUUCGUUUGCAACUGUUCGAUAGUUGACAUGUGGGACUGGGCCGUCCAGGUGAAGAACGACCUAGAUGUGCUGGUGGGCAGUCAGCCGUCGCAGUUCACCACCAGGGCCGCCAAGCUUCGCAAGAGCCUGUCCUGCUCGUACGAUCAGGAAACCUACCGCAACAUCCUAGAGCAGAGCCGCGUCUCGAGUAGCGACCGCAAGACGCUUCUACGCAAAGGCGACCUUACGCCCAACAGAACCUGGGCUAAGUACAUCCGCGAGUCCCAGUGCGACAGGCGCUCAUGAUAUAUAGUAGCUAGAUUUCAAGAUGUCGUCCAGAGCGUGCACCAGGACAGCCCGUACUGGCCCAAGUUCGAGCUCUAGACGACUCGGAUCGGAUACAUGCGAAGUAAAGCGUUUAGUUUCUAAGUAUACGAUGUGAUGGAAAACACGCGGUUUUGCUCGACAGUGUGGGGUGUGAUCGAUCUAGUGGUUUGUCGACAGCAUUUUUCGACUACAACUCUUGUAUGCGUAAUAUAAUUGAAUAUAUUAUCAAAGAAUAAGCUUCACGAACAAAUUUUUAAGAAGAUUUUAUAGUCGCAAAUCACACGAUUUCAUCCGGCGAUUCGAACCGCGAUUUUUCACAAGGUCUGUCUCUCUUGUUUCGUAAUCACGCUGGGCAUUACGAUGAUAUAACUAGAAAAAGAUGACUAUGUGUCACAAAUUUACGAAAAAAAUUAUGUACGCGCAAAGUUCUUCUAUUUCAUGCUAUUUCUUAUUAGUUUUAGUCGAAAAGUUCGUUUCUAUACUAUUUUAAUAAGCGCGUGGCGUUGUAAACUGUUGCCUUGGAUUGAAAUCUAGCCGAACUUUAUAUAAUUGUAUUAAUUAAUCAUCAUUUUAGUUAUUGUUUACGGGAAUAAAUGGGCAACGUAGUUUGCGUAUAGGGCAGAUAUUUUUGUAUUGCUAACCAGAUGGCUUAAUUCGAUAAAAACCGUAUCGCGAACUGUAAAGAGUAGAUUCACGAUAAUCUUAGAAACCUCAUAUUAUGUUAUUACGUAUACCUAUCCUUAUGUAUAGUUUAUAAAUUUAUUCUUCUCGAAGCUACGCCAACAUAACGAUCGCAACUCGUUGUAUAGAACAAAAGUCGAAAGUUUCUAUGUAAUGCUAAUGCACCGCUCGGUUGGUGCCGAGUUUUUCUUGUUGCUCAAAAAGAGAUUCGAGCUGUUAGCAGCACACAGUGAUAUUUAGUCAUGCCAAAACUCGAAAGUACUUCGGAGGUCUACUUUCGAGCUUUGAUCGUACGUACAUAGCGAGCGAAAAAGUAGAGUAAAUGGGCGGUUUAUGUAGCUACGAAAGGAGAAAUUAGGGAUGCGUCACUGCGCGCGAACAAGCAUCAAAAGACGAUCGCGAGAUCGCGCGAUUUCCCUCUGUACUCAUACAUGUAAAAAAUACUAUACAUGUAAAAGACUGUGUUUAAUAAAUACGCCGCCAUAUCCUUCUUAUACA